GAAACAGCUACUCAUCCACAGAGGCAGCCAGUCUGCUCCUCCAGCCACUGUCACAGCUCGAACAGAGACUCUUCCACAUUUUCUCAACAACAGACAAGAAAAGCAACUGCCCUUGGAAGUGGAUUUCCAUUUUUGAAUGAAUAAUGCAGAUAUGUGCCCAAUAGGAGCACUCUGAUUCCCUGCUCAGUUUGAGCUCUAAAUAUACAUCGGGGCUUUUCUUUCCUGCUCUUCGCUCCCUACUUGUUGCUCUGAUCUGUGUGUGACCAGCAUGGAAUACACUCCUUCUCCCAAACCCCAGCUCUCUUCAAGGGCUAACGCCUUCUCCAUAGCGGCUUUAAUGUCAAGUGGGACACCCAAGGACAAAGAGGCUCAGGAGAGCACCAUCAAACCUUUGGAACAAUUUGUGGAAAAGUCAUCUUGCAGCCAGCCCAUUGGUGAUAUUUCCAUUGUGGAUUCUCAUGGAGAGUUCACUAACAGCCCUUCAUCAUUAUGUACUGAGCCUUUAAUCCCUACCACACCAAUCAUUCCCAGUGAAGAGAUGGCUAAGAUCUCCUGCAGUCUAGAAACCAAGGAGCUAUGGGACAAAUUCCAUGACCUGGGGACAGAAAUGAUCAUCACAAAGUCUGGCAGGAGAAUGUUUCCUACAAUCCGAGUUUCCUUUUCUGGAGUGGAUGCAGAUGCCAAGUACAUCGUCUUAAUGGAUAUUGUUCCGGUUGACAAUAAACGAUACAGAUAUGCAUAUCACAGAUCUGCGUGGCUGGUGGCUGGAAAGGCAGACCCUCCUUUACCUGCUAGGCUGUAUGUUCAUCCUGAUUCUCCGUUCACUGGGGAGCAACUUCUGAAACAAAUGGUCUCCUUUGAAAAAGUCAAGCUGACAAACAAUGAGCUGGAUCAGCAUGGACAUAUUAUCCUAAAUUCAAUGCAUAAGUAUCAGCCACGAGUUCACAUUAUUAAGAAGAAAGACCACACAGCAUCAUUGCUGAAUCUAAAAUCUGAGGAGUUCAGGACAUUUAUAUUCCAGGAAACAGUUUUUACUGCAGUUACAGCCUAUCAGAACCAAUUGAUUACUAAACUGAAAAUCGAUAGCAAUCCCUUUGCUAAAGGAUUCAGAGACUCUUCUAGACUCACUGAUAUUGAGAGGGAAAGCGUGGAAAGCCUAAUUCAAAAACAUUCUUAUGCAAGAUCUCCAAUCCGAACUUAUGGAGGAGAUGAGGAUGUCCUUAGUGAAGAUGGGCAAGUAGUGCAGUGCAGAGGGUCAGCUUUCACAACUUCAGACAACCUGUCUCUAAGUUCUUGGGUAUCCUCCACUUCAGGGUUUUCUGGCUUUCAGCACCCACAGUCAUUGACAGCACUGGGAACCAGCACAGCAUCUCUUGCCACACCAAUCCCACAUCCAAUUCAGGGAUCACUGCCUCCCUAUAGCCGACUUGGUAUGCCGCUUACACCUUCAGCACUAGCAAGCUCCAUGCAAGGCAGUGGCCCUACAUUCCCUUCCUUUCAUAUGCCCAGGUACCAUCAUUACUUUCAGCAGGGGCCAUAUGCUGCCAUCCAAGGAUUGAGGCACUCCUCUACGGUGAUGACACCAUUUGUAUGACACAUGAAUACAAAUGAUUGUACUUUAUUUCUUGCGAGGGAGCCACUGGAGAGAUUACUCAGCUGGAAUUCUUGUGCACUCUUGUGAGGUAUAGCAAAAUGGGGGAAAACAAAUAAAAUUCUUGUGUAAUGGCCAA